AUGUCCAGUCCAGAAGUUCAUCAACUUUUCCAUCAUCCUAUCGCGGAUCACUCCUUCUCUGCCGAUAGACAGACUUUGGCCGUAGCACGCGACACCAGUGUUGAGCUUUAUGGACGAGCUGGUAAUGAAUUCAAGCUUAAAGACGAAUUGAAAGGCCACGACAAGACUGUUACCAGUGUCGAUAUCGCCCCCAGUAGUGGCAGAAUUGUAACAUGCUCUCAAGAUCGAAACGCUUUGGUUUGGGAACCAUCUCCCACGGGUUAUAAACCUACUCUCGUUCUUCUUCGAAUCAAUCGCGCGGCCACAUUCGUCCGAUGGUCGCCUUCCGAAACGAAAUUCGCCGUGGGAUCUGGUGCAAGGGUGAUUGCUAUCUGUUACUUUGAGGAGGAAAACGACUGGUGGGUCUCGAAACAUAUCAAGAAGCCUAUUCGUAGCACUAUUACAACUGUUGCAUGGCAUCCAAACUCUGUACUGUUGGCUGCGGGCUCCACCGAUGCUCAUGCGAGAGUAUUCUCAAGCUUUAUCAAAGGAGUGGAUGCUAGGCCGGAACCUGGUGUCUGGGGAGAACGUCUACCUUUCGGCACUGUCUGUGGAGAGUACCUAAACAACUCUGCUGGCUGGAUUCAUGCAGUCUCGUUUUCGCCAAGUGGAGAUGCUUUAGCCUUUGCUGCGCAUGACAGCAGUAUCACGGUCGUAUAUCCUAAUGGCGCAGAUCAGCCUCCAAAGGCUGUUGUCAGUGUUAGCACGCAGCUUCUUCCUUUCAUGAGUUUGAUCUGGAACGGUGAAGCUGAGAUUAUCGCGGCAGGCUAUGAUUGUGAGGCAUUCCGAUUUGGCGGAAACGAGAGAGGCUGGCAGCUCACCGGCUCCUUGGAGUCAAAAGGUGGCCCAGUCAAAGACGUUGGAGAAGAGAGUGCUUUCAAUAUGUUUAAGCAAAUGGACUUAAAAGGAAAGGCUAAGGAUGAUACACAGUUGACAACUGUGCAUCAAAAUACCAUCAGUACUAUCCGUGUCUAUGAAGGUUCGGAUAGUGGUGUCAGCAAAUUUACUACGAGCGGUGUUGAUGGAAGAAUUGUCAUCUGGAAAGUAUAG